AGAGACCCCCUUGCGAGACACUGCCGAGAGGGUACAGCAUGGCGUGGCAUGGCAUGGCGUAGCAUGCGUACGGAGGAUAAAAUGGGAUGACUGGCUGGAUAUGGGUGUCGAGAGGGAGGGAGGCUUGGAUGAAGACAGUUUGCUUGGUGAUUAUUAUUAAUGCGUCUGUCACCGUGGCCGCCACCGCCCUCGAUCUACCGACCCCUAACCCCCCCGCCAAUACCGACAGGCUGGUGCUGGCCGCGCCUCCCGUCGGGAAAGGCUAGAGAUGGUGGACCGUUAGGUUCCAGGGAGAAGAGGCCAAG